AUGACAAAAUUACAUCCCUUAACUUACUUGAAGGGAAAUAAAAUUUUGUUCCGAACCCAUAAGCAGUACUACAAUUAUGGAACAACAAAAGGGGUGAUGACUCCACAAAGUCUUUGCCAUCAUUUUGGAAGACGCAGAUGUGCAGAAAUCAUAUAUCCAUUUUAUUAUGAUAAUUUCUCAACCCUAGAAAGGAAUAAUAACCCGGCUGAAGACGCAAAUGAACACCAGGAGGGUAUCUCGCAUAAGCACGAUUCUUUGAGGACACGUGGAAAGGAGCAAGUGGGGGUAAACGAAGCAAAGAACGCGGACGAAGCAAAGAAUGCGGACGAAGCAAAGAACACGGACGAAGCAAAGAAUGCAGACGAAGCAAAGAACGCGGACGAAGCAAAGAACGCUGACGAAGCAAAGAAGACAGACGAAGCAAACAAUACGGAUAAAGCAAUAAAUGGAACUGUGCAGGAAAGUCACAACGAGCUAAUCUCGACAGAUGAUUUAUUCCAAGAAUUUGGAUACAAAUAUGAAAAGCACGAACCAACCAUUGUGACUCUUUCAAAAGUAGGACGAAAAAAAAAAGAGGGGAAAUUUUUUAAAACCGUGAAUUAUGACACCUUUGGGGGGAGUCCUUUUUUGGUGAAGAAACAAGCGAAAGGGAUGGCGAGAGGGUGGAAGUACUACUGGGCGCCGAGUUGA